CACAUUACAAUGACAAAGCCAUGUCGUCGCGGGAAAUCCCAGAUCAGAGUUCUCAUUUCGGUGCGGAGCCCCCUCACGAACAGACCACAGAAACUGUGUAGUCAGUUAGUGACGCGCCCAGGCGCAUUUUCACACCAACUUUGUGUCGGUCAGUGUGAACAUGCAUUCCAUUUCACCUGUUGACGACAUCUCACUACGAUCUGUCAUUUUCACUGGGAGUGAUUUGAAAGGAUUGAAUCAAACCAGAUAGGAGAGAGGAAAAUAUAGACAUCAAAGGUAUUCAGACGGGAUAUGACAGCAAACAGAAACUCUGAAAGUUAUCUGGAUAUAGUUCGUAUGAUUGAAAGCGAAAGCGCGCGCCCGGUCCAAACCCAUCACUUCUUUAUUUAGUCACUCUUGUUUUUAUGAGCGUCUAUUUUCUUCAAAUUCAGCGACAACAAUACACGUUCCCCACAACAAAAACGCAUUUGAAGAGAGAACGGCAUAUUCUCAGAAAUGCACCUUCACAAUAUAGACACCCCGAGGAGCCGAUGGGAGCAGGGCUUGCGGCCGCCAUGGGUCACCCGAUUGGCUGGAGGGCAAAGCCCCGCCUCUUCAGGGGUGGAGUCAGACACCGAGAGCAGCAGCACAGAGAGUGAGAGGUCUCCAGCCAAACGUUUGGAGGCGCGUUCACCGAGGAUCCUACUAUUGCCCUCCAUGCUGCAACAGCGAAUCACAGAGAUCGACCAGCAGAGGGAGGAGCUAAAGAUAGAGCUGCAGUUGGAGAUAGCCCUGUUGGAGGGGGAGCUGCAUGAGGAGAGGAACGAGCUGCGCAGACACACUCUGGAUCUACAGACACUGCAGGAGGAAGGCAGGCACAAGGAGACACACAGACAGACGGACAGACAGAAGGAGCGAGCCAGUCUGGAGGUGGAGAGGGCCCGGGUUGAGGAGCUGAGGAGUAGGUUGGAGGAGAAGGAGACACUGAUCCCCAGUCAGCCAGAGGGCCAGAGAGAGCAUCUACUGGUCCAACUACAACAGGAGAAAGAGAUGGUGGAUGCAGCCUGCCGGGUGUUCGAGGACUGGGAAUUCCGUGUCCUGGAGAGCGAGGCCGGAAUAGAGGAGGAGGAGAGCGAAGGAAAGAUAGAAGGGAAGGAGAGAGGGAACGACGAAGAGAAGGAGAAGGAGAUCUCAUGCCAAAAGCAUGCUGUCAACUCAGCGCAGGAGCGAGUCCAGCAGCUUGAGAAGCAGUUGAAGGAGAUGGAGAGAGAGAAGGAGAGAGAGAUGAAUGCCUUGAGGAAGGAGAGGAAAGAGUUGCUCCACCCCACUCAAAGGGUCUUGAAAGAGAAGAAGCCACUCGCUGAUUGGUCCAACAUCCCCAGCUCAGUCCCUUGCACGAUGUCACUCUCGCCGCUGACCAUUCACAAAUCACCUCAGGAACAAGCCAAAGAAUCCGCCAGUUUACCCCGGAGACGGAGCUCGCACCGCAACAAUAAGCUCGCCGAUAGGCCGGUCUCGGCGCAAGGGCUGGUGAGAAUGGUACCUGACAGUCCGAGCCCAGAGCGCUUCACUUCCCCCCUCCCCUCCCACCGGCACAGCAAUGGACACAGCAACGGGCACAGACCUGGGCCCAGCAAUGACAGUGGUCUCCUCACCCCCUGUAACAGUGCUAGUAGCUCCCGUGCUGCCAGCCCGAGUCUGGGACUGUUAAACCUGGUUGAGAUUGAGAGGAGACUGAAGGAGGCCAAGGCAGAGAGAGAGAGGCUUCUCAAAGAGAGGGAGGAAAGGAGGCAGGUGAUUGUGGAGGAGAAGAGGCAGAGAGAGCUGGAUGGCCGAGGAGCAGCAGAACCAGUAGAGUCCCAGACCAGGCCAGUCCCUGACCCAGAGGAGCAGCCAAAAACCACCAGUCCAGUCCCCAACUCCCUUGAGCGCUCCCUACCUCUUUUCCUCUCUGCGAACUUUGACCUGCGGGCCCACGUGGAGUCGCUGGGUCACGGGGUGGCGGGGUGCAUGGGCCUGCGUAUGUCCCCUCGCCGCUGUGCCGGCUUCUUGACCAAGCGAGGGGGGCGGGUCAAGACCUGGAGGAGGAGGUGGUUCCUGUUCGAUAUGGACCACAGGCGGCUAGCCUACUACACAGACUGUGAUGAGAGGAAGCUGAAGGGGGUGAUCUACUUCCAGGCUAUAGAGGAAGUCUACUAUGACCACCUGCGCACAGCCACUUCAUCUCCGCGGCCCAGCCUUACAUUCUGUGUGAAGACGUACGAGCGCCUCUUCUUCCUGGUGGCGCCCAGCGCCGAGGCCAUGAGGAUCUGGAUGGACGUCAUUGUCACAGCAACAGACGAGCACAGCCGCUACUGACUUUGACUUUACACCUGCCCCCUUACCUGUGUCUGUCUGACCUACCCCUUGGGCUGAACCUCCAUUCACCUGGCUGACUUGGGUAACCUGGCUACAGUUUCAGCAGUUUACAUUAUGUGGGGAAAACUGCAAUCUUCAACCUACACCCUACAAUGUGUGUAGGACCCAGCUAGGCAGCCAUUUUGAUGCCUGAACUUUACCUCAUAUGAGUUGUUGAGGUGGAGGUGAGGAGUGAUGAGCAGAACAUAAUGUUCAGGAAAGCGCUUCCUGAAGGAACUGACAUUUGAUUCUGGAUAGUUUCUUAGGAGCUUUGAUGGCAUGGGACUGAGUGGCAGACUGUUACAUGCUCUGUGUGGAACAAGAGAUGUUGAGAGGAUGGAGGAGGAACAAGAGCAUGGGAAUAUAAAGACGUGGAUGUGGAAGCUGGAGCAACCAUUUGACAUCUUAGAGUCAGUGCCAACCAUGAUAUACUGACAGACAAACCUAUGAUGUUUUUUAUUAGUCUCAAAUCAGGAUUUAAUGGUUGGUGUCUCUCUACCAGCUGUGUUUGAGCUCCCUCUUGUGGCCAGAUUGAAGUACUACAGCUUCCAUUGAAAUAUACAGGUAGCCGCCAAAAUAAAGGAAACACUAACACUCAAUAACUCAGGAACAACACCUGUGUGGAAGCAUCUGCGUUCAAUAUACUUUGUAUUCCUCAUUAACUCAAGUCUUUCCAUUAUUUUGGCAAUAACCUGUACAUGUAUAUCUAUGUUGAAUAUAUGUAUAUUUUACACUGACCGAGCAUUCCUAUCUCAAAUGGAUUGUUUUUUCUAUUACUAUCAACACAGAAGUACUAUAUACUUAUAAAUAUGUAUUAUUACUAUUAUUUUUUACUAUUAUCAUUAAAGGUCAUUCAUACACUUUUGUUGACUGUGAAAACAACCUUCCCUUCUGAUUCCCGUUGCUUCAAUGUCUUCUUGAAAUCGACUUUUUAAUCAUGCUUCUAUUUUUACUUUCCUGCCAGACAGCUAUCGAGCUAUCCAAACUGGCACCCACAAUCAGAUAUAUUAAUUAUGGUAUUGACCGUUUCAAAUUGAUGGGGAUUGAAUGGGAACCAUGUUUCUCUUGCCCCCAGCAGUUGUAACAUGAAGAGAGGAGAAUGUAUUAUUUGUUGAAUUACAAUGACCUCAAAAUGUAUUUCCAUUUCAAAAUGAAAAAGAAGAUAAUAUUGUCGAAGGUCCUCAUCUGUUUUGGGAACGGUAUGUGUAUCAAAUGAAGUGGUCUGGUUAAAACACAGGCCCUUCUGUCUCAGCCGUACACCGUAUAGAUAAAGGACUCGGAGAGCAAUGCAGGUAAGAGUUGAACAAUAACGAAAUGUUUAACUUUUUUUUUUUUUUUACUUAUUUCAACUUAUCAUUAACUACUGUCGUAUUUCAUUAAUGUCAUACAUGUGAUCAUGGCUAAGAAGCCGGUGUUUGGAGGAUAUAUUGGAACGGGUUCGUCUCGGGUCGGCAAACUGUGCAAAAAUAUCCUUCAAACACCGGCUUCGAGGGCAUUAUCACUUGUAUACAACGGGUUACCAACCU